UGGGAUGCGCCGCGGGGAUCGGAGGCCGGGACCGCCACGAGCCGCCUCCCCUCCGAAGGGGAGGCAGCUGUGUCCCCCGCGCCCCGGAGCGGGGCGGCAGCGGGGCGGGGGCGGGUGUCCGAGGAGGCGGCCAAGUUCCGAGGAGGCGCAGGAGUCCGGGACGGCGGGAGCCCGGAGGCUGGAGCUGCGGACGGCGCCGGGGCCAGGCGGAGGGGCCCAGCGCGCCGCUUUUGCCAGCUCCCGGAUCUCGGGCUAGGCGGGGUGACGGACCGGGCCGGGGAGGGGACAGGCUGGGGAGGGCAGGGCCGCUCCUCCGCCGGCCGCUGCGUCUCCGCCCCGCGCCCAGUCCGAGCCCAGCCGAGGCUCCCGCACCGGCCGCCGGCCCCCGCCUUCAGCCCCCGCGGGGCCUCCGGCAGCAGCCAGGGUGCCCUCGCACCGGCCCGGGCCCGCCGGAGGCUCCCGCACCGGCCCCCCGCCUUCAGCCCCGGCGGAGGCGGGAGGAGCGAGGCGGCCAAGGGGGAGGGAGGCCCUGCCUGGUCCCGCCCCCCGGUCCCGCGCCGAGCCUGCCCGGGCCCCCCGAAGCCCACAGCACCCUGAGCUCCAGCCCGUGCCGACGGUACCAUGUAUGCUGGCCGCCGACGGAGGAAGCCCGUGCCCAGGACGGCCAAGUUGCCUCCCUCAGAAGGUGUCAAGGCAAACCCCUCCAAGCGGCACCGGGAGAGGCUGAACUCUGAGCUGGAGUGCCUGGCUAGCCUGCUGCCCUUUCCCAAUGAGGUCAUCUCCAGCUUGGAUAAAUUGUCCAUCCUCCGGCUUACUGUCAGCUACCUGCGGACUCAGAGCUUCUUCCAAGUCACCCAGAAGAAGCGAUGUGCCAAGGACUGGUCCACAAGCCGCCUCCACGAUGGGGACCGAAGCUGGCGCUGCCCUGGCAGAAUUGUGCCCGAGGGCAAACUCCUCCUCCAGGCCUUGAACGGCUUUGUGCUGGUGGUCACCUCUGAGGGCUUAAUCUUUUACUCAUCUCACACGAUUCAGGACUACCUGGGAUUCCAUCAGACAGAUGUUUUACAUCAAAGUGUCUUUGAACUGAUCCACACAGAAGACCAGCCAGAAUUCAGGCGCAAUCUUCACUGGAAGCUAACAUCAACCCCCAAGCCUGAAAGCGAUCCGACAUGCUCUGGUGAAACAACGUCCAGCCCAUCUGGUAGCAGUGACAAAACAGAGGAGCUCCCUCCAGAGAACUCAGCCCUCCUGGAACGGAGCUUUGUCUGCCGCUUCCGGUGCCUGCUGGAUAACUCCUCAGGGUUUCGGGCUUUAAGCCUCCAAGGCAGGUUGAAACCCCUCCAUGGGCAGAACCACAGAUCCAAGAAUGGUUCCCCAGUGCCCCCUCAGCUGGCGCUUUUUGCCAUCUCUACGCCUCUGCAGCCUGCAUCCAUUCUGGAGAUCAGAACAAAAACGCUGACCUUCCGGACCAAGCACAAACUGGACUUUACACCUGUGGCCUGUGACGCUAAAGGGAAGCUAGUGCUCGGAUACACAGAAGCGGAGUUGCGCAUGCGAGGAACCGGCUAUCAGUUUAUCCACGCUGCUGACAUGCUCUACUGUGCCGAGAAGCACAUCCGGAUGAUGAGAACUGGGGAAAGCGGUCUGACGGUAUUUCGUCUCCUGACCAAAGAAAAUCGUUGGCGAUGGGUCCAGUCUAACGCCAGACUUGUCUACAGAAAUGGCAAGCCUGAUUACAUCAUCGCCACCCAAAGGCCUCUUGUGGAUGAAGAAGGAGGUGAGCACCUUCAGAAAAGGUCCCUCCACCACCCUUUUACCUUUCUUACUGGGGAAGCCCUUCUGUACCAAGCCACCCAUCCAGAUCCUGCUUUUCCUGCCCCUUUCCAAACUCCAGGGAAAAUUCCUAAAUUCAAAAAGUCUCCCAAAGGAGAAAGGAGUCAGAAAGAUCCCCCAGCUCCUAAUUCACUUCUUGGGGCCAUGAUGCGACAGGACGCAGCUGUCUAUGUGUCACGUGCAGGUGUGACUCCAGAAUUAGGCUUCAGUCAGAUUGAAGAUCCCUUGGUGGCUAAGCUAGUGGGAGACAUUCUGGAUGGAUCUUCAAAGAUGAUUUCCUCAGAGGAUGAGCAGAAAGAAUUGGCUGAUUUGAAUCAAGGAGCUGCCCUUCUAACUACCCUGGAUUCCCUCUCUCUCGACUAUGAUGAGAACUGCUCCAAUAAUGAGCUAUUGGGUGCUCUGGAAAACCUGGGGCUUAAUGCUGAGGAGCUAGAGCUCCUGCUGCUGGAUGAGUGGAAGGUGAAGGGAGGGGAGAUUCCAAGCUCUAGUCCAUCUCUUAAAGAUGUGUUAACAAACAGGGAAAUUGUGUCCCAUGUUCAUGGCUUCCUCUUAAACAAAAGUGAGGAGGAGCAGGUUGAGGAUUCCCAGGCUUCCUUGAAAACUCAUUCCUUGUCGAGCCCAAGCCAAGAACCUGAUGUUCACGAUUCUCAAAUGGCACAUCAAUAUCUACUUCAUUUAUCCCAAGAACCACAACCCAUCCAGGUAGCCCAGAUUCUGUGCCUUCCAAAUACAAUGGACCAGCAUGGUGUAAGCCAGAAGCAGCCAUGUCUCCUUCCUUGGGAGCCUGUGGCAAAUGAGAGCCAUCACCAGAACAGUUGGGAAUCAUGGAGGCAGCCGUCAGUGACAUCUCACGCUCUGUCUGCUCAUUUCACACAGUCACCUGGACGGCUCCAGCAGCCGUGGCCACCAUCCAAUAGCUCAGGCCUUCUGAGUUCCCCCUUUUCUCAUCAAUCCUUAGAAAAUCCCAAACAAAGUCAACAGCAGCCGGAGAGUCAUUUGAUAUCACAGCCUGGAGGUCUCCAACCCUCAUUUCAGCAUCAGCCCCCCAACCAACUUCACGUUCAACCAGAGCAAUUCCAUGGCCAUGGCCCCUUAGAAUCAGAAACCCUUCCACAAGCUAACACCGACCAGAGCUUAUUUAUGAAGAGGAUUCAGAGCUGUGAUUCACCCAUUCAGCAAAUUCUAGGUGGCAAUUUAUGGCCAAACCACAUCUCCAGGGUUCAGUACUCAACUCAAACAAAACUUCUGGGCCAGGCAAGGAAUAGCCCUGGACCACCGCUCCACUCAAGAAAUGACUGGCGAUGCUCUAACAAGUCCCUGACCCGGGUCAAGGGAGAUAAGUUAGACAAUAUGGAUACCGUCCAAAGUCUUGGGACUGAAGCUGAGAUGGAACCUGGACAAAGAUUCUCACACCCCUGCAGAUGUCACCCCAUUCCUUCAAAACCUUCUUCAUCCAUUUCUCCUGAGGGCACGUUUCCACUGCAGAAUUUCACUUCGGACUAUCUCAUUAAUGGAGAUGGAUGCCUGGCAGGAAACUUACAUGGCUUGAACAACAGACCCAUGGGAUCCUGGGGAGACUUCCUCCUGCCCAGUGGACAGCCCCAUGCCAGCGCAGAGAGACACUCCUGCUCCAAAAUAUUUCCCCAGUCAUCUUCUUCCUCCAAGGGCGACUUUUAUUUUUGAGUAAAAGUUUCACAUCGACAAAACAUGAGCAAUUUAAAGCCAUAUGAUGAGAUAAGCCAAUAUUUAAGUUGAGGGAAAAAAGCAGGUUUGCAUUAAUCCUUCUGCUUAUCUCUUCUCCCUUCAUGCCUUCAUCUUCAGCCUUGGCGCUCUCAUGGAAUGACUUGAGAAAUGUGUAGGUGAGAAAUGAAGAUGAAAGAAGGCUCUCGGAAACGAUUCCAUCUUCACUACAAUGUUCUACACGGUUCAGCUACCACCUGCUGGAAUGGGGAUGAGUUGUCAAUGAGCCACAUUCAUAGACUAACCUACCUCUAUUCUUGUUCAUUAACCUUAGCAAUUGGCUCAUAUCAUUGCCAAGAGUUUCUUUAAAAAGCCUUUACAUUCAGAGAUCCAGAACUCAAGGGUACUUCUAUUGAUAUUUCCACAUUCUUAGGUAGAAAACAGAAUUUGGAGUAAAAAGAGACCUUUGGGGUCAUCUAGUACCAUCCUAUCAUUUACAGGCAGAGAAACUGAGGCUCAAAAAGUCAUUUUCACCAAUUUAGAAUUGUGAAGACUUGCGAGAUAUCACCCAAUCAGUGAAUAGCAUAACUGGAUUCCAACUCAGAACCCCUGUCUUCAAAUUUCAUGUUCUUUCUACUGAUGGUGAUGACAUUAAAAAAAAAGAAAUAGAUAUACACAAGUGAAAAAGAGAAAACAGCUGGGAUGGGGCCAGACAGCUUCUGAGGUCCCAUGGAUCUUAGAUAUCCGGUGACAAGCUUAGACCCAGGUUAUUGACUGCCUGUCUCUUUCCAGUUGAGUUGAUCUCUCAAGCUUAGUAAGUGAAUUUGUGUUUGUGGUACAAACUUCCAGGCUUUCAGCUAAUGCAGCUUAAAGCACUGUUUGGCUGAAGAAGCAUAAUUCCGGUCUGGAACGAGAGGGUGGGAGAAACAAAACUCAGCCUGUGAAACGUUUCUGGAUCAUACAAAGUUAAUAUCUUAGUCAAGUUUUCCAUAAUGUGGUAGAUUUAAUUUCAGUGGCUUUCAAAUGGAGGAAAUCAACAGUUUCGUUGUGUCCAUGGGGUUUGUGCAAUGGCCCUCUGCUGUGAGGGAGACACUGGUCUAAUGAAAUCCUUCCCACGCUGGUCUGCAAUAAACCUACCUGAGUGGGGCUCAGGAUAGACCUGCUUUUUCUUGCCCUCCAUCUUAUGCAAGGAAACUGCAGGUGGCUCAUACUUCCACAGCACAUUAAGGUUUACAAAGCUCUUUACAGAUUUUAUUUUGCAUUCUUGUGAGGUAAAUGCUAUUAGUCCCAUUUUCCAAAUGAUGAAACUGAGGUCCACAGAGAUGAAGUAACUGUUUUGCCAAGUAUCCUUUUCAGAGUUUCCUAUGUAGGAUUGGAAUUGAGGUCCUCCUUAUUUUAAGCCCAGCUAUUCCACAUUAUCUCUGUUCAGAGUUUUGAUAACAAGUGUCUUUAAAACAUCCAAUUUGAUAAAAAAUCAUAUGAAAUCCAGUCCUGGGUUAAGAAUUAUCAACAAUUGUCCGCUCACGUCACUAUAUUCUUGCACUUUGAGAUGGAUACAAUUCACAGGCAAUGAAAUACAGAUAUAGAAUUUCAAUAAGUACAUACUUGUAAAAAAGAAAAUUAAAAUAAAUUAGAAUUGGAUCAAAUAGACUUGUUCAGCUCCCAGGAGCUGUGAGGAGGAGAGAGCUAUUGGGAAAGGAAAGAAAUGGAACUGAAUAGGGUACUAUUGAUGGUGUCAGUCAGUGCUAAGAUGCAAAGUACCAGUUGGGAACUUAGUUCAGAACAAAAAACUUUUCCUAUAUCCUCAUGUUACAUGGAGCGUACUGUAGCCUUCAAAAUGUUGUAGUCCAUUUUUUUUUCAUUCCCUUCAGUCUUAAUCCCCUUUCUGGGUUCCAAAGUUGGAGUUUUUAUGGCAAUGAAGGUUAUUGCUGGUCACGGUACUGUGUGAUUCAUAGUGGGCCCCUACUGGCUGAUUUCCACCUUUAAUAGUCACCAAAUAGUUUCUCCAAAUAAAGAUGAGGUAUAAGGAGAAAGAUUUGAAGACUCAUCCCUUACUAUCUGGUGUUCUAAUUGUCAGACCUGAAAAGAGAACGAAUGAAUAAAUAAAUGAAUGAGUUAUAGUUUAGCUAUAUCUAUAUCUAGACAAACCUUAGAGGAAAGAUGCAAUCAUUGGGAGGGUAAAGGCUUAAGCAAAGGUUUUUGUUUAAAGAUUUUGGAGCUAAAAGAGUGCUUCAUUUAAAUUUGGAAAUGCUGAUUUAUCUCAGAGCACUGCAUGUGGUAACAAAGGACAUUGAUGAGUAGAAGAAAAUCUAGAACAGGGUACCUGGGUGUGAAAGGUCUGAAGCCUGUGCCUUAUGAGGAACAGUUGAAGGAAUUAGAACCUUUUAACCUAAAGAAGAAAAGGCUCAAAGAUGGGAAUGAUGGCUGACUUGAACGAUUUGUAAGGCUGCUUUGGAAAAGAAGGAUUAGACUUUUUCAACUUGGAUCCAUAAGGCAAUAGUUGGAGAGGUGGAUAGAAUAUUCAAGGAGACAAAUUUAGGCUCCACUCAGAGAAUUGUUUCCUAAGCAUCUUCUAGCAGCUGCCUCAAGGGUCAAUGACUUUUUACAUUUUAGAAAGUCUUCAAGAAAAGUUUGGAUAACUAUAAUUUAAGCAUGUAAUCCAUUAGAUUCUUGUGGAGAAUUGCGGUCCCUUCCAAAUAUUAUGGAAAAUUAUCACUCCUUAUAAUUUAGGGUAAAAGUCAGUAAAACUUUAGUUCAUCCACAGUUAAAAGUCAUGGAAUAGAGAAUCACCGAUUGGGCAAGAAAGAAGUUUGUGGACACAAGCCAUUUUCCACUGGCAUUUGUAAUAUAUAGAAAAUGCAUAUCUAUGCUGGAUCCAUAAACCAUGUGUCAUUGUCCUUGGACUCAAGCAUAGGAAAGGUAUAGAAAUGUCUUAAUUGUCUGGUAUGUCAUUGGUCUGAGAUCCUGAGACAGGGUAGGCUCUGUAUUCUGGCUGGACUUGCACAGAAUAUGGAGGGAAAAGAAAACAAAAUCGAAGAGUUUUGAUGAGACCGUCCAGUGACAUUCAAGUGGAGGCUUAGUCUAUAGUGGUGUUGCUCACAUUAAGGAAGGGAAACUAUUGAGCCCCUUUCUCGCCGUCACCAUAGACUCUGAAACUAUGGUUUGAUCCUGUGAGAUGUAAUGUGGUUACAUUUUUAUUCUUAUUUUAUUGAGAAAAUAACCAAAUAAAUGUAUCUCUUUAA